AGGUUCUUUUGAGCUUAUCACUUGGAGCGACCCAGUCCCGUACGAUACGGGAUACUUGCACAAACAUUUCCGCCUUCUAUCCAGUCCAGUCCGCUCCGAUCCAAUCCAAUCACAUCCUACUCCUGAUCCGUUCUGUUGUAUUCUGAUCUUUAAUUGCACCCGAACGGUUUGAGCCGAGUACAGCAGCGAAUCAAAGCGCACCGACGAAGGGAAAUCAUCGACGACACCAAUAAUAAGAAGAGUAUUAUUAUAUUGUUGUAGCAGGGAUCAUCAAACAAAAGCAACAGGUCAUAUUCGCACAAGAUACAAAACACGAGACACGGGACACAAGACACAAGACGCAAUGGGUAUCUUUUCGAAAAAGCCCAAGGCUCCAAAGGCUGUAGGCAAAACACUUCAAGGCGACUCACAUUCUACCACCAGCUUCAGCUCCGACCACGACAUCAAGUCGCCUAUCAGCGCCAAUGGUCGUGGGCUCAAUCGAACCUCCGGGGGUACCGGCAAUAGCAUCCCGACGACGCCAUUAACACCGUUUUCCCCAAAGGUUGACAUGCCCAAACCUCCAGACCCCAACCUCGACCCUGCCGCAUACCUGCGAAGUCUGGGAGCCGUCAGGGAAAGGUCCAAGAUUGUGACGGACAAGGCACUCCACAACUCUCUGCACCAUUUCGAUGUGGACAUGUCAUUGUUUCCUGGUGUGGUUUCGUUCGUAUGUGGAAUCAUCAAGAGAGACUACGACGCCCCAUUCACUUCGAUCCCUUCUCACGGACGAUACCAGCACUUCAGUGUAGGCGGACGCGACAGGAUAGCGAAUCUCCUGUCAACAUUCAGCGAUAUUGAUACAAGCGAAAAAUGCCGACGUUUGAUAGACCUCUUUCUGGUCAGUGUACUACUGGACGCUGGUGCAGGCACAUCAUGGAGUUUCAAGAGCGCCGAGAAUGGCAGGAUAUACAAAAGAUCAGAAGGACUAGCGAUUGCUAGUCUGGAGAUGUUCAAGUCGGGUCUCUUCUCGAGCAAUCCGAGCAACAGGUUCCAGGUUGACAAGAACGGCCUUCGAAAGCUUACCGUCCAACAAUUAGCGAAGGGCAUGCAGUCCGGUCCAGGAAACGAGCUUGCCGGUUUGGAAGGACGAGCCGAACUCCUCAUCAAGCUUGGCGGCGCAUUAGAUCAGAAAAGGGAGUUCUGGGGCGACAAUGGGCGACCGGGAAACAUGAUCGAUUACUUGCUAUCACAUCCGACAACACAAGCAUCGUCAAUGCCCAUUGUCAUUCUUCCAGUGCUAUGGAACGUGCUGAUGAACGGCCUCGCUCCCAUCUGGCCCGCCUCUCGCACAGCCAUCGAUGGCGUCUCUCUAGGAGAUGCUUGGUCAUGUUCGUCAAUGCCCCAGACUGCGCCGACGCCGUCCUCGCCAAGCUUUUCUCCUUUCCCAAAUUCACAACCGCCGACGGCCGCCUGGGAGUCCAUACUACCCUUUCACAAGCUGACCCAGUGGCUUACAUACUCGCUCAUGCAACCGAUGCAGUCCCUUCUCAAGAUACACUUUGCUGGUGCUGAGAUGCUGACUGGUCUGCCCGAGUACCGUAACGGAGGUCUGUUCGUAGACUUGGGUGUUUUGAGUUUGAAGAAGGAUGACGCGGAGCGAGGACUACAAAACUACGCAGACUACUGCCGACGCAAGAACACCAAGGGUGUCGAAGUCGCGCCAAUGUUUGAGCCCAGCGAUGAUGUCAUCGUGGAAUGGCGUGGUGUAACUGUUGGGUUCCUUGACAAGCUUUUAGUCGAUGUCAACAAGGCGCUUCACAAGGAGCUGAAUGGGUCCGAAUUGUCACUACCACAGCUUUUAGAAGCUGGUAGCUGGAAGGGUGGUCGAGAAAUUGCUGAGGUCAGUAGGCCAAAUACCAAAGAGCCUCCAAUUUUGAUAGACUCGGACGGUACGGUAUUCUAGUGUUGAGAUCGCAGUGAACAAGUGUAGCACCACCAUUGCAGGAUAAUGAUUGACGAGGGACGACCUGAGUGGCUAACUCUGGUUCAAUUGUACAUUUGGAAAGAUAUGUGUUCCUCGCACAUCGUCUAUCAAAAUGCUAUACGCUGCUAUGCCUUAAUAAUAUAAUAGACGAAGGAGCUUUACGUUGGAGUAACGAGCCUAUUUGAGAACAAGAAAUCUAUUAAAUAGCCAACCAGUGACAGCCCAAUUAUCGUCAAGACAUAU